AAUACCCAUUACUUUUACAACUUUAGUAGUUGAAUAUUGUAAAUGUUUACUACAUUUUGGGAUUAGUUGAGUUGCCGAUAUUUAAUGUAUAAAUAUUAACGUAAAAUGUGUACGGACUAUAUUCAGAGUUAUAAUGAUCUUCAACAAGAAUUGGAGAAUGCGAAAGAUACAUUAGUUGUUCUAAAUGAUAACAUCAAGCGUAUUAUAGGCCGCGGCCCGAAGUUGCCGAAAGAUCCUAGAUCGAAUGAUGUAAAACGCUGUGAUAAUGAAAAGACGAUUAAGAAAUUUCAGCAGGAGUCUUCCGGAUCAAAAAAAAGAACAAAUAAUACUAAGUCAGUUUUUAAACGGUUAUCAUCGCCAACCAUUCGAUACAAUAAUGUAGAAACAAGACCGAAACUAACAUCGCGGGUUAUAAGAGAAUUGCCGUCACGACAAGAAAUUGUUGCUGCACAGUGUGCUGACUCUGAAUCUAGAGCAAGAAACCGUCGUAUGUUCGGAUCACUUUUGGGUACUUUGCACAAAUUUUGUCAAGAGGAGUCUCGCCUGAAACAAAAAGAAGAAAAAAAAGCACAAAUUGAAAAAAAAUUGGAAGAGCAAGAAAUUCUUGAAAAAGAAUCGAUCAAAAAAGAACGUGAAACUUUAUUUGUUGACAGAAAACGUAAACAAAUGGAAAUAAAGCGUUUAGAGUCGAAAAUGAGUCGUAUAAAAGACUACGAAUCUUGGGAGAGUUCAAUGAAAUGUUUAAAAUCAUUUAUAAAAACUAAAACUAAGCCAUGUAUAUAUUAUCGACCAAAAAUAUUAACAAAGAGAACGGAAAAAUUGCUGAGUGAAAGUUUAUACGAUAUUGAUACAAUUAUUAAUAAAAAGAAAGAAGAUUUGAAAUUAAAUUUAAUAAAAUUGGAAGAAAAUUUACAAGUUCCAGAAUAUGACACUGGCGAAGAUGUGAACUUUAUAUCAGAUAAAUUAGAUGAUGGUUUUGAUAAUUCCCUACAUACAGCAAAUGCACUAGUAUCUUCAAUAUGCGUUAUUAAAGACAGAAAAUGUAAUUGAAAAAAUUAAAUAAAUCUUCCAUUUUUAAAUAUAA